CUUGGAAGAUUUGAUCUGUCUCCCAGAAACCUCUUGCGUUUUCUGAAGGGAACAAAUGGCUUCUUCUCAGAGAUGUUGUUUAAUCAAACAUUUUAAAUUACAGAAUUAGGAGAGCCAAUAAGACAAAGAGGAUACAUUUAUAGAAAAUAAGACUUAUAUUGAUUGAGUGUUUGUUACACACGCCAUUGCUCCGUCGCGUGCACGCAUUGCUCAGACUGCUGUGCGCUCGCGCUAAUCACGUUCGACUAGCAGUCAACACAGUAAAUAGGGUUCUUCCAUUGCUGCAGCCACACAGUUCUUCCCUCCAUUGGUUUAAAUAAAGUAGGUCAAGGUCUGAAGAUACUGUGAGUGCAAAGAUGUCUAAGCCCCCGAAUUCUGCAUCUCAUUCCCAGUCCAGAUCUAGGUCCCGGUCUAGAUCAAGGUCUUACACUCGGUCUCACUCGAGGAGCCGCUCUCGGUCAAGGUCCAGGAAGCAUCGCUACAGUUCCAGAUCAAGAUCCCGUUCACAUAGCAAAGAGAGGAACUACUCUACUAGAGAUUUUCAGGGCAAUCGCGGAUAUAACCGUGGUUUCCGUGGCUACCGGAGGCCGUUCCAUUACAACCGGGGCAGAGGGCGCGGCUACUUCCCGCGAGGUAACUAUCACAGAGGUGGUGGCACCUAUGGUUACCGUUCCAACAACUGGCAUGGCCAUAGAGACCAGCAGCAGCCUUAUGACCACUCUUACAGUCCCAGGAGGGGACGCUCUCGGUCCCACUCGCCCCGCAAGCGUUCAAGGAGUCGAAGCAGAUCACGCCAUUCCAACAGAUCGUCCUCUGGCCGUUCCAGACACUCUAGCUCCUCCUCCUGCUCCUCGUCUCCACGACGACGCAACUCUAGCUCUGGAAGAACCCAUUCAAAAGAUUCCAAGGGAAGGGUCUCACCUGGCGAGGGUAAGGGAUCCACCAAGGAAGCAUCCAAGCCUGCGGGAAGUACCCCUGACGAAUCUGCUAGUAAAUGGGAAGGCCUGAGUGAUUAUGAUGGCAGCCCCAAACGCUCGGGCAAUGCAACAUCUACUGGCGGUCAGUCAGAGGCUAAAGUGUCCCUUUCUGGAGGUGCUGGCAAUGGUGGUUCACUGUGGCGAAGCAUCGGUCCUGCCAGCAAAAGCCCGCCGGCAAAGGAGUCAACUUCAGCUUGCUUUGGCUUCUUUUCCAAGGAAGAAACGAAGGCAGGGGACAAGUCCGCUUCCAUCUCAACUGCUUUCAAAAAGUUUUUGGCAGAAAAGAAAAAGCCCUCAUCAGACAGGGAUAAUGGCAGGGAUGAGGCUUUAUCCACGGGAGACCCUGACAAUGAAAAGAGCAGCGUUAAGUCGAGAGGGAUUUUCGACACAACGGAGUCUGGCUAUGAUGGCUCAAAGACAGAUAAAGGACUUCCUUUUCUCGACCCUGAGGAGGAGGAGUACCGCCAGGAAAUGAAAGAUAGGAAGAAUGAGGAAGAGUCCAAGUAUAAAGACAAAGUCCCUCUCUCAUUGCGAGACUUUAGCGAGGAGCGUUUCGGCAAAUGGGACGACUCUGUCUAUCUCUCCAACAAAGCUUCUUCACGGAGGGAUGAAGACGUCGAGGAGGAACUGGAUGUGGAACUUUACUGCAGUCGGAAGCACGCGACAAGAAAGGAAGAGAAGGCCGCCAAGAAGAAGGAAAAGAAAAAGAGCAGGAUAAGUCCGUCCUCUCUGUCGCCCUCUAUAGGCAGGCCAGUGUUCCCAGCUGGAAGAGAGGCCUCACCCCCAGCUAAAUCCACAGUGAAAAGAGAACCAAAGUUUAAUUUCAGUGUAAAAGCAUUUACUGAUGAAGGAGAGAGCUCAUCAGGUGCAUUAGGUAAAGAAAGACAUUUAUCACGGGAUCUCUUGCACCCUGGUAAAAAAGAUCAUGAGGAGUUUCGCUCAAUCUUCCAACAUAUUCAGGCUGCUCAGCUUCGCAGGAGCCCUUCGGAGCUAUUUGCUCAACACAUAGUCACCAUAGUACAUCAUAUUAAAGCUCAACAUUUCCAGUCAUCUGGGAUGACUCUGAAUGAACGAUUUGGAAUAUACCAAAGAAAAGCAGCAGAGAUGGAAAUGAUGAAGCCAAAGAAGAGUCCUGAGAUCCACAGGAGAAUCGAUGUGUCUCCCAGUGCUUUUAAGAAGCACUCUCACCUGUUUGAGGAUUUCGAAGAGAGCGGCUACAAGGAUCAUGGUAAAAAGCAUGAAGGUGAUUCAUUGGACCUUCGAUUGGCUAUUGAGCGCCGUAAAAAGGACCCUAAACGAGAUGGGGGAAAGAGUUCAGCUGGGUCACGGACGCCUAGCCAUGAGCUCUCCCCUGACAGAUCCUCCAAACAUAAGAAGUCAAAGAAAAGCAAAAAGAAACGAGAGCGCUCUCCUUCCUCUUCCUCCUCUUCAUCAUCAUCUCCCUCCCCUCGUUUGUACAGAGGGAGGGAGUUCCAUGGGGAGGAGCACAUGGAGGGAGGAGGGGGGUUUAAUAAGGCUCGUCUGGGGUCCAGGGAGUAUCUCGGGUCCAUGGAGCGCGGCGGCCCUCGGGACUAUGAGGGUCAUAUGGACAGGGGUUAUGAGAGGGGCAGAGGAGGUUAUGAUCGAGGAGGAUACGACAGGGGUCGUGGGGGUUAUGACAGAGGAUUUCCCAGAAUGAGAGGUAGAGGAUGGAAUAGGGGAAAUUACCCUGGCAACAACCCCAACAAUAACCCUCAGAAUAUGGCCGCCCCCCCACGCCCCCAAGAUGAGGAGUGGGACCCUGAAUACACCCCCAAGAGUCGGAAGUACUUCCAGCAUGAUGACCGGGACAAGGAAGGUGAAAUGAAGUGGUUGGAAACUCGGGGGCGAGGCAGAGGAAAUUUCCCACGCGGCAGAGGCACUUUCAUGAUUCGCAAGAGUGGCGGCAGCCCCAAAUGGACCCACGACAUGUUCCAGGGUAACGCCGAGCAGGGAGACAUGGGAGAUGGCAGCACAGAGCACAGCCUCAAAGAUGACGACAAGUCAGGGGAAAACACUGCUUCCAAGCCAUAGAUUAUUAAUAAACCGAUAGUUCACCCAAAAAUGAUUUUAAUUUUUUUAUUUAUGCACUUUAUUGUUCCAAACCUGCACGACUCUUUAAUUCCAUGAGAAGGUGGUGACUGAGACUAACAUUCUGCCUAACAUUUUGUUUUGUGUUCCACAGAAGAAAGUCAUACAGGUUUGGAACAGUAUGAGGAUAAUAAAUGACAGAAUUUUCAUUUUUGGGUAAACUUUCCCUAUCUGUUUACCCAUCCUGUCUCUCGACAACUGUAGUUCAACAGCAGCUAGCGCAAAGUGAGCCACCCUUAGAAGUGUGUCCCUGAUGCAUUCGUAAAGCUCUGUACAGAGUGAUGUGGGUUAUAUAAUCAAACAUUCUAUAAUUUACAAUGGGGAAACUGCUUCUGUUUCUUUUUUCCUCAUCAUCUCUGAUGUUGUUUUGUUUUUUUGUUUAAAGGGUAUGGAAGGUGUUCGUUUUCUUUAUGAGUGAUUGUAAAAAAUAAUCACUUUUUUAUGCAGUGGUUGAAACUGAAAUUGAUCCUGUAAAGAGAAGGUACCCUGCAAAGAAUGCCUCCGUACAAAUAUGUUGUUUGUGAUCCAUACAGAUGCGUAUGUUUUUUGUUGUUGUUUUUUUUUUAUGUGUGUGUUUUUUUUUAAAAAGUGCAAUAGAAAAAUCAAUGCACUUGUGCCUUAGGUUUAACAGCAGUUUUACUGUUUGUUUGUUUGUUUUUUAUUUAUUUUAUUUUUUUAGCUUUUUUAAUAUUUUGCUGAUAGAUUGUCCCCCCCUUUUCUUUUUUUUUUUAUUACAUGUAAAUUAUGAUGCAAUCGUUUAUAAUUUUUCCCCUUUUACUUUACAGUCUCAAUGGUCUAGGUUUUAGUGUAUCAUUGGUGCAUAUCCUUAUUUGGACCAAUCCACUGUACACUGGAGCUCUAAAGUUUGGCUGUAGACAAUGCAUAGUAAAUGGGUUCCCGUUCAUGUGUGACUUCCAAAUUAAAUUAGUUUAUUUUCUUCCCAUAAAUGACACCACUAAUGACAACUUAAAAUGUAAAGAAAAAAAAAAAGAGAGGAAAUAAAGUGUCAGAUUCUAAGGGAAAAAAAUCUUAUAAUUUUUAGAUCAAUAUUCAUCUGAUUUUAAAGUAGAUAAUUACUACAAUCCAAGAACAUGCAAGCAGCUGCAUGGAAUUUUUAUUUAAGCAAAACCUAUGAACCAACAUGUAUAAUAGUUAUCACUUGCAUGUCUUUAGAUCAGACCGUGAUACAUUUGACGAUAAUCACAUUAACAUUUGUGUGCUCCACUGUACUUUGCUGAUCUGUUAAGGAAUUCUCUGCAUUUGAGAGAAUUCAAAUAGGACUCUGCUUCUUUCUGUCCCUUAGACAACUGAUGUGAUGACAUAACUGUAAUGCUGUGACUCAAAACUUCUGUUAGCAUUUUACAAAUUGCUCAGUCAGUGCUUUCAGUCUCCAUGUUGAUUUUGAAAUAAAUCCAUCCUUUGUUAUAAGUCGUCUUGUUUUUGUUUGAAGCUAUUAUUGGCCCUUUAAGACAUGAGUUGUAACAGCUGCUUUCAACAAUUGUAUGAAGAGGUUCAGCUGCAGUUAUGCAAUGAGAUGUGAAAUGCUUUGAUACAUGUUUUAAAUGCCUACUGUUUCACAUACUAUUAAUAAAAAAUAGUAUGCAGUAGACAGUUAGCCUUAUACUUUUCAGAGCAGUAGAUGAGACAGUCAAUAUCUGUCUUUGGUCAACUUGACAAUGCUGCCAACAUCUCUGGAGCAUUUUGGAAGUUUAAAGGAAUGGAACUAAUAACAUUUAAAGGGACUUUAGAUUCACUUUCUUCAGAUGCCUUCAAGAAAACACUUUCCAAGGACACAAAAAGAAAACUGUUUUUCAGACAGAGCAGGAGUAUGAAAAAAGAAAGGGGAGCUGAGAGCCGAGAUAUUAAGGGUUAUGGCAUUAAGGCCUUCUCUUCCUUUUGGAGGUUUCGUCUUGACAUUUGUGGCACAUUCUCAUUUCUAAUACACUGACUUAAGAGUUCUGCCAAGCAGUUAUCCAAAUGUGAAAAUUUUGUGUUAAUCAUUGGUAUUGAUAAUUUUUUUUAAUUUGUUUUACAUGCUAUACUGUAUUUACAGAUACAUCAAAUAUUAAGCACUUUUUAAAAUCAAAAUAAACAAGCAAGUGCUUGUAAAACCAACCACAAAA